GACGCCAGUCGACAAAUCCUCUUAUCCGGCUAACGUUAGCAAAGGGAAUUAUAGAGCGUGAUUAUUGAGAAAUCGUUGUUAAACUCAAUCUAGUUCAAAAUCGACUUAAAAACAUAUUGAACCCCGACUAUGGCGGGUGUAUUAGAUGCACUUUGGGAGGACAGAGAUGUUCGAUUCGACAUCACGCCACAACAGAUGAAAACCAGACCGGGUGAAGUCCUCAUCGACUGUCUAGAUUCUAUCGAAGACACAAAAGGAAACAACGGCGACAGAGGAAGACUCCUGGUGACCAAUUUAAGAAUCAUCUGGCAUUCCAUCGCCCUGCCGAGGGUUAACCUGUCUGUUGGAUACAAUUCUGUCAUAAACAUCACCACAAGGACAGCAAAUUCUAAACUGAGGGGGCAGACUGAAGCUCUCUACAUCUUGACCAAAUCUAAUAACACAAGAUUUGAGUUCAUAUUCACCAAUGUAGUUCCCGGCAGUCCAAGACUCUUCACAUCUGUCAUUGCUGUCCACAGAGCUUAUGAAACCUCUAAAAUGUACCGUGAUCUCAAAUUAAGAGGGGCUCUGAUUCAGAAUAAGCAGCUGAGACUCCUGCCACGUGAACAAGUUUAUGACAAAAUAAAUGGAGUUUGGAAUUUAUCCAGUGAUCAGGGUAACCUUGGCACGUUCUUCAUAACUAAUGUGAGGAUAGUUUGGCAUGCCAACAUGAAUGAAAGCUUCAAUGUCAGCAUUCCCUACUUGCAAAUUCGUUCCAUAAGGAUCAGAGAUUCAAAGUUUGGACUUGCACUUGUGAUUGAGAGUUCUCAACAGACAGGAGGAUAUGUACUAGGUUUCAAGAUUGAUCCAAUGGACAAGUUGCAGGAUGCAGUGAAAGAAAUAAACUCUCUUCACAAAGUGUACUCUGCAAACCCCAUUUUCGGUGUGGAGUAUGAGAUGGAAGAAAAGCCUCAGCCAUUGGAGGAGCUAACGGUGGAGCAGCCUCCUGAUGACGUGGAGAUUGAGCCAGAUGAACAGACUGAUGCUUUCACAGCUUAUUUUGCUGAUGGCAACAAGCAUCAAGACCGGGAGCCAGUGUUCUCUGAGGAGCUUGGUUUAGCGGUGGAGAAAUUAAAAGACGGCUUCACAUUGCAAGGACUUUGGGAAGUCAUGGGCUGAAAACAUCAGAUUACACUGAGCUACAGUUUUUAAUUGUAACAGUGAGGACCAAAGUAGCCUACUCACCAUUAGAGUAUUUUAAAGGCAAAUGGAUUAUUUUAAAAUUUAACUUUUGAGAUAAUAUUGUUUACAAGUUUACAGCCAAAAUCAAGGCUAUAUAAACAUAUUUAUUUUCAGAUUAUUUACUUUAGACAUGCGCACA